AUGUUAUAUCCCGGAGCAAGCGAAUAUGAUCUGGUGAGUUCCAAUCCGAUAGAUACCUAUGUCUGAUAAUAAGAUCAUAGUCAGCAAUCCAGAAUUAAUUCAUAUAGAAAGGUAUUGCAUAGCUGUUUGAUUUGCUUGUACUGACAGGAGACAAAGUGUAAUGUAAGAUAAAAUGGUCAGUUUGGCUCACAUCAGUGAGGAGCAUUCACUAUCAAAAAUGGUAUUAAAUUAACAUACUUUCACAUGUAGUGGACAUGUCCAAAAGCAGUGGGGUUCUGGAAUUGGGUAGCGCAACUCCUGACAGAGAUUCUGCACCAUCCUAUUGUGACAGACCCAUGGACCUUCCUUAUAGCAAGGCCAGUGGACGGGCUGACAACGAACAAAAACUAGUAAUUAAAAUCAAUCUGGCAGCUAGGAGAGCUAUGGCACAGACUUGGCUACAUGUGGACAUGCCACAGUUGGUCAGGGUCAUUCACAACAUGAAAUAGGCACAUCUCAUGGACAAACUAACAGCACAAGUACGGGACACAUACACACUCUUUAUUAAUGUCUGGGAACCAUGGGAGGACUAUCCUGACAGCUGAGAGAAGGAUGAAAGCAGAAAUAGAGGCUUUUGCCACCCGGGCUGGAGAUGGACACCCCCCUCCCUCUCAUCCCUUCCCAUUGCCUCUUACUUUUCUUCACUUUAAAAAAAAAAGUAAAAAUGUUCAUGCUAGCAUAUGAUGAUCAUGAGAUAUGAAAGAGCAGUAGAGCAUCAAAGACAGACUUAACACAAAUUUAUGUUGAUUCUGUCAGAAUAUUUAUAUCAACAGACAUUUUGUGCUAAAAAGAAAUUAAAAGUGUAUAUUGCCAAAGUCACUCAGAACAAAGCGGACUCCAUUUUGCGAACUUCAGGAGAGCAAAAACACAUAAUUUCCUUGAUUUCUCCUUACUUUCUGUAACUAGCCACUUGUUUGAGCUGAGGAAUGCAUUAUCUAAACACAGACACUGGUGACAGAGAAGACUAAGUAAUUAAUUUUACUUUCUAAAUUUUACAAGGUUCCAUUGUAAGUAAGGGUUGAAACUGAGUUUAGAACUGUCAAUUUUACAAGUUACGAUCAAAGUAGUUGCCACAAAGACUGAGACAAACGCUUUGAACUGACAGCAAAUCUAAGAUAUGGUAGUCAUUUUAGAUAAGCCAAAUGACGUCAAAAUCGUCAUCAGGAAAAGUUAACUCUUUCCUGGAUAGGAAGGUUUCGUUAGACGAGACUGCCCUCUAUGGAUCAAAUACCUAAAUUGCGAUCCAUAGAUUGGACACACCUACGGCUUCCUAUUGGUUUAUCAACUAAUGACGUACAGAGAGUCUGGCCCUUUAAAAGUAAGGACAAAGGGGAAUACAUGGAGAUACAGAGAGAGAGGGAGUUGAAGUUUGGGGACUCCAACUCGGACAUGCAAAGAAAUCCAGGACAAUAUCUGGGACUAACACUCUAAACUCUGAGACACUCAACUCUUAAACUCUUAACACUUAGAAUUUUAAUCUGACUUUCUAACCAACACCACUUUCUCUAUCACUCACGCACUUCCAUACAACCAAUCAAGUUUCUGGGACUAUCUAUUCAUCUGAUGAGAAUAUCUACAUAACUGGUAAUUAUGCUGGUUUUAUUUAAUUAAUUUAAAUUAAUUAAAAUGUACUAAUAGCAUGAUAUAUGACUGGAUAAAUCACGGUCAGAUUUCAAUAUUUAGAAAUCUUAGCUAACUAAAGAAUAUAUAGUUAUAAACAUUCCAUUCUGCAGGUGGAAUUAAGAAUAAUUAUAUAUUAAUGUGAUAGUAUCACAUGUUAGCAUACCACUGUUUUUAUCCAGGUGUAUUGAUUUGCUCUAAUAUAAGAUAAGAUAUAUUUUUAGACAAAUUAAAAAUUCGGCUUAUAGAAUCUGGUAGAUUAUUCUUAUUGGAUGGUUCCAGGAAAUGAUUAUUGAGUUGGUUCAAAUGUUAUUUUAAUUGAAAAUCACAAGAGAAUAGGAUACUAUAUACCUAGGAGGAUCUAGCCAGCACUGAAAGGGUUAUUCAGUUGACUUAACUGUUAGCCAGGGUUUUAUGGCUCUUCGCUGUGAAAAGCUUUACUUUCGCUGUGUAAGAAUACCUGAUAAAUCUUAAGUGACAGCUGGUGCUGUUAGCCAUUUCAUUGUAUUGCAUACUUGUGUUAUACUAAAUACUCACUGAUUAUUAUCAUGCAUGCUGCCUAAUAUUAUUGUUAUGUUAUUUGUUACAAUAAAAAUAAAUCUCUUUUUAUAACAGAUUGUGAUUAAUUGUAUGGAAUACUUUUCACUUACAUGAUAAACGAUCUCUAAGAUCUAAGAGCAUUGAAAUAGUGGGCAAUUCUCGACUGCUUAAUAUUAUCAUCCCAUAAAUAUCCCCACAAUUCGGCCUGUGUUGCGGUUUUAUUGGAAGGUGCCGGUACUUGUAUUAAUAGCUAUAAUCUCUCGCUUUCUCCCCGCAGAUCCGAUUCAUCAUCCACACUCAGGGAUUGCCAGCUGAACACAUGCUGAGCAGAGGAAAAAAGACCGAGUAUUACUUUAAUAGAGACACGGAUUCCUCACACUCAUCAUGGAGAUUGAAGGUGGGACCUUAA